GUUAGUCGGUGCGUUGCGUGUUCGUACGUAUGAAAGUUCAGUUAUUUGUGAAAAAUGGAACCUCUAUUCCAAUUAAACAUUGAGAAUAUCGAUAUUUUGCUCGUGAACACGAAGGAGAGGUUAAUGCUGCACGAUGAAUAUUCUCAGAUCACAUGCAUCGAACGAAUAUCCAACUUAUUCAAAAGUGGUGGCGCUGUGAACACAGAAGCGGCACUUUCAAAGUUGAUCAAGUUCGACAUACUCUCAAGUAUAUUCGAACUUCUACAAACUUCCAGUGAUCGUCUACUUCCAUGUAUUCUCAAUUUUCUGGACUUGGUAAUCGUAUAUCGAAAGUUUUACGAAAGUCACGUAGCCACAGACGCCAUGGACUCCAUCUUGAAAGUUACAGUUUGCGUCGCAAAGUCUCGUUGCAAAGAAACCGAACUAUUAGAGAAACUUAUUUCAAUCAUUUACGAUAUACUUCACAGAGCGGUAGAAUUUCACGUGAAUUUCGACGUUGUUUGUGUACCACGGCAAGUACUGAUGCUCCUGAAAUCUUUGAUCUUGGAAGAUUCUUGGAAUCAAAAGAUAAAGUUCUCAUCCGUUACGCUAUUGAAUCUUGUACUUGAAAACGUUAACGCUGAAGACGAAUGGGAUGAUGGGGUAUACGAACUGUGCCACAAAGCUCUCAAUUUAAUGAAAGAGAUCGUCGAGUAUAGCGACGACGACGUCUCGAUUUCGUUUGCUGCGGAUGCAUUGUGCGCUGUUUGCGCCUCUCUCACACGAUUAUGCGUCGCGGAAGACGAUAGUCAAGGAUCGUUCAAUAAAGUUUCGAAACUUAGAGCAACGACGCUGAAGACGAUUCGCAUCGUGAUGAUGAACACGUUGGUACCUUACGUUAAGACCGCGGAGUCAAACGAAACGGACAGGGUCAAAUUCCAUAGGAACCUCGUGACUUGUCUGAACAACCUUUACAAGCUGAGCAGUAGCUGCGGCCGCGACAACUUGUCAAACCACUUGACCGCCAACGGAUAUCUCAAGUACUUCUUGCUGUUAACUGUCAGACUUCCAGAAAUUUUACGACGUAGCAUUUGCGCGCUGUUGUCGCGGAUCGUAGCAAAUUUAGCUGAUAAAUCCAUGCCAAUCUACCGACCUAUCAAUCGAGAAAUAAGCUUCGAAUAUCUUGUACACAGAGGACUGGUGGAUCUACCAAAAGAUACUGAACAAUGGAAGAAUAUCAUAGCUCAUGAUCGAGGAAACAGAGCAAUUGCAUUAAUGACGUUGGUUUACUAUCACUUUCACGGAACCAGGGAGACCUAUAUGAUAUGCUUGAAAUUGCUGAUCGCGAGGACUGUCAAUCUCCCUAAAUCCGAGCAGACACCGGCGCAAAUUUUAAAAGUUUUAUGGUUUCUGUUUGCUGUCGCGUCCGUAUCGCAUCCAUCACCGUGUUCGGAACAGGAUUACGACAGAGCCGUGAAACGAUUGGCGGCUGCGUUGCAAUAUUCCAACCUGAACGACUGUUACACUCAUCACAUAGAUCUGCUAAAUUAUUGCUUGAAUUGUCCUGAAUUCCCAAAGGAUCUUCGAAACAGAGCGAUGGACUUGUGGUUGAUCGAGUCUGAUGGAGACAUCAAACCGUUGCUGACCAUAGAUUGCGGGAAAGUUGUGCAACACUAUCUAAUGCUUGUCAUACAAACUGGAUAUUCGGAUAAGAUAAUCAACUUAGCGAUGAAAGGAAUUAGAGAGAUGAUACGCCUGGAUAAUGCCAAGGAAAUUGCAGAGAUUGCUUGGCACAUGUUGCCUAAUCUUCUUUCUACUUAUCAACCAUCCAAAGACGAGCAAGUGAAAGCCGUGUUAGAAUUAAGCAACGUAUCCAUCCCGAGCUCAUUAUCAUGGAUCAUCAGGAUUCGAUGCGCAGAGAGUCUCAUACCGAUUAUUCUACGCCGGGAAGCGGACUUGAAGCUGAGGACACUAGCAAUAUUGCAGUCGUACGCGUUGCUGGUCACGUCCGCGACGAUUAAGCCAUUCACGAUUCUCGAGAAGUAUUGCACGACGCCGAGCUUUUUGGAGGAGUUGCUUGUUCAAGGUUUCUCUUUAGAAACGCCAGAAUUGUCCGCUGUCUGCUUGAAGCUUCUCGCGUUUAUCGUACACUGUCAGGAGAAAUCGUCGAUACAGCGUGAUAAGCCGGUGACGAUUGACGUGCAGAGCUUAGCCGAUUUGCUGUUAAAUACGAGGAGGGCCGUGCACUCGUCGAUCAAUGGAAUGCAACUCGCGCUGGAACUUUUAACUCAAAAUAUUGACGGAUCGCCUGUCAGGCUGGACGAGAUCCCAGCCGAUCGGACCGAGGGUGUGAUCAAUCUUUACGAGACCCUUCAUAUCGUUCACGAAAGAAGUGACCCAACGCAAAGAGACAUUGUGUACCAGUGCCUCCAAGGCGUCCUGAAAUUUUGCCAUAAGCACACGAAACUGCUGAUGUACCACAUCUGCACGCUGAUGAGCAACUAUGAUAUCGUAUCUAGCAUCCUGCAGACACGUCCCGUAACCUACCAUUUUCUGGAUUUCGUUUCAACCUGGCUCCGCUAUCGCAGAAGAUAUUGCACCGACGAAGGACCAUGGAACACGAGAUCUCUUUGCAAGACACCAUUUGAGGAGACUUUGGAUCGGAUCAAGAGCUACGUUAACACUGCAAACGAUUCAAGAAACGACGCGGCGUUCUAUAAUCUUCUCUACGCGAUCCUAUUGCGUUGUUUCAGAUUUCUGCCAGCCUCGUCCUGUCCGGCUUUCCUUCCUGCAGUCAGGUUGACCUACCACGCCAAGACGCCACACCGCAUACCCCAUAUUCACAUGGUGCAGACAGGCAUGGCUGCGCCCUACGGUGGGGGUGUCUUCCCCCCGCCGGUAAACGGCGUAGCGGGUGUCGUUGGAGCGGCUGGUGCGGCCGGUGAGGUGAAACCGCCGCCCCCGGUGCCAGUGAAAGAAGACAACAGUGGCGCACCCCAACAGCCACCACCCAGCGGUCCUCAAGUUCCACCACCAGCUGGUGCCCCACAUCCUACCGCCCCCGGUGCCCCAACCGCGGCCAGCUUCAGUCCGCCUCCGCCACCGAACGGCGUCGAUCAACAGGCUAUUUCGGAGGUGUUUCAGGCAGCAGUGGCGGCCGCGGCAGCUGCAGCUGCAGGAGGAGGUGGCCAGCAACCAGCACCUACACCCGCUGGCAACGAAACCAAUCCUGAGGGCGCCGUCGAAGGCAGCUCUUUAGUACCUGUCACUUCAGGUGCAACUACACCUGCGACAGCGACACAGGGUUCCGAUCUAAAAGGUCAACCAAAACGCCUUCAUGUCAGCAAUAUACCUUUCCGUUUUCGAGACCCUGAUCUCAGGGCAAUGUUUGGGCAAUUCGGGCCGAUCCUCGACGUGGAAAUCAUAUUUAACGAAAGGGGAAGCAAGGGAUUCGGUUUUGUAACAUUCGCAAAUAGUGCUGACGCGGACCGGGCACGUGAGAGGCUACACGGCACCGUGGUUGAGGGCAGAAAGAUUGAGGUGAACAACGCGACAGCGAGGGUGCAGACGAAAAAACCACCGACGGUACCCAACGUAUGCGUACAGUGGCCAGAGGCAGCGGCGCUGAGAGGAGUUGCCAUCCAACGAGGAAGAGUGGGCGCUGCGAGAGCAGCCUUCCCGACCAGUGCAGCGGCGUUGGCUCUUGCCAGAAACCCGGGGCCGCUCGCAGCCGCGGCUGCGGCCACGGCUCUGCAUCCCUUCGCACCUGCCGUUUAUUACGACCCGUUCCUAGCUGCACACGCGGCGACACAGGAUCCCAACUACAGGCUACAGGCUAAAGCACCCGCUCUGGAGGCCGCGGCAGCAGCAGCUGCAGCGUCACCGUUGCUGAAGACGCCCCUCUCGACAGCUCAGCAGGCCACCUACGCAGCUGCAGCGACCUACACGGCAGUGGCUGCGCGCGCAUACAGCGCAGCUGCAGCUGCGGCACAACCGGUCGCAGGAUAUGCCGCAGUCGCGGGUUACGGGCGUGAAUACGCCGAUCCCUACCUUGGACAUGGUAUUGGACCAGUAGCUGGCUAUGGGGCAACCGUAUACAGAGGCGGUUACAACAGGUUCACGCCAUACUAAGGAUCGUCAAAUAUCAGAGCGUGAGACUUCCAAGUACACCGUUAUACUCAGCUGAACAUGACCAGAACAAAAAGAAAUCGACACAAUCAUCAUCGUCAUCCGCCAUCUAUCACGAUUAGCCCACGAAGCGAUGCCUGGACCCUCCGCGCAUGCUGACGCUAGCCUUCUUCGUAGCACCGAUAAAAAAUCAUCGACUUCGGCUCUCGUCGACGCGGAACGAAAGCGUGUCUUUCAUCCUGAAAUCAUCCGGCCAUUAUGGACAACGUUCCAAUAAAGCCAGAACUACCGAGUCGACUACGAACGUGCCACGCAUAAGUAGGACAAAAAUUUCAAAAUUGUUUUCAAAACGGAUACAUUAAAAUUGCACACAGUCGAUCACAGGGAAAAUAGAAGAAGGAAAUCCGUAGAGAAAAGGAAGAGAAAGAAAUUUGCUUAAUCGUUACAGACGAAAGGACGAUCGAAUGCAUUAAGCGACUGAUAGACGAAGAGAUAGAAGGUUAAAGAUCGUAGGAAGAUGAUAUAGAACACUCAGAAUUUAAAUUAGAUUGAAAGCGUGCUUCUCAGUUGGAGAUAGUUUUCGAUCGGGGUUGAUCGACCAGACGACAAAGGUCUGCCAAAGCCUCGUCGAACUUUCAAACUCUGAUCGAUAAUAAGAGAGUUGCGAGGAAGGACAGAGAUGUAUGGCAGACAGGGAAAUCGGUAAACUGAAUUAGCGGACAAAGGGGACUGAUUAAAUAGAGUUUUGUUGGAAACAUGUUAAACAUCCGAGCAAACGGUCGUAUCGAGCGUCUUAAGAAAAAUAUCGGUAUCCGGUAAAGGAUCAAAGUUGCAAGUUAGAUGAAAUAGAAUCGAAACGUUCCAAAGCUGUCGAAAUUCGUGUGUAAAGGGAACGUGGCAUCGCGUCAUUAAACUAUCAGUUCGUAUCGGAGUUCAGACCCGGCAGCCAUUCCGACUUUACGAAGUUGAAUGACGAAGGGGCAAAUGUGUCGAAUCUAGACGGUGUACGUGUAUAUAUAUUUGUGUAUAUACGUAUAUAUAUAUAUAAGUAGAUAGUAUAGAUAAUUGAUCUCUCUAGAAAUCAAUUGUAAUUAUGCAAUUCGUUGCUCGUGCACGUUUCUAUAAUCGUUCGGGAGAAACUUUUAAAACGCGACCCGGCAGAAAUUUUUAUCAGUAACGAAACCGGGACUAUUUAGAUCACAUUACAAUGUUUACGUAUCAUCGCAAUACGAUGUUAUUCAUUAAGAUCCAAAAAGAGUAAAAAGCAUUCGAUGACAAAUAUGAAUAUACAAAGAAUUUUGUACAUAAUUCAUUGACAAUUCGCUAAACUAUGAAAACGAAAUCUGAAAUAAAGAAACGAGUAAUCGAUCGUUAUCUUUCGUGUCUUUUUUUUUUUAAUAUUAUUACUAUUAAUAUUAUUUAGCCUUGUCCUCCGUAUGGACACGAUUUUAUGUUUAAUUGCCUGCGUUAAUAGGUCUUUCCUAAUCAUGAAUCAGAAACACCAAUUAUCAGACACGUGAUAAGACGUGCAAGAGGUAGAGGAAACUCUCGCUAAUGGCUGCCGGAAAGGAACUCUUCCUUCGUGUCGACGAGGUACACGCGACUUCCGGUGACAAACGCCACGCUCGGUAAUCGGCGAAGAAAAAUACGCGAGACCCUCUUUAGGUAGCUAGACAAGAUUUUAGAGGAGAGAAAACGACGAGAGCGACGAAGCAGUUACGCGUGACCGGUAGGGUUUCUAUGCCAAAUAUGUGUGUGUCUAUGUUGCGCGUGUGUGUGCGUAGAUUCGCGAAACGAACCGCGGCUGUAAAGAGUAGAAUAGUAAAUGUGGCUGAAGGGAGAGAGAGAAAAUCCCUUGAAUAACUUUCGACAAAAGCAAGAUUCUGGCAAACAGAAUCUAGUCAAAUCAGUCUCUACCGGUUCCUAAUCGAGAUUAUGACAAUGUAACGCAGCUUUUCUCCUAAUACUCACGGCCUUGUCGACGCUCCAAUGAAAGAUGGAACGUGACAGCCUUUUUUUUUUUAUAUAUAUAUAUAGUUAAUGAGAAUUACCUUUUAAGGAUGGUAAUCUUUGUUUGAAUUUUGUAAAUUUUGAAGCUUGUCGAUCGAGGUUUCUACGCUCUCUUAUUUUUUUUAUUUAACUUACUUUUUGGUGGAGGAAUUGGAAUAGAAAUUACUUUAUGGUGUUAGUAAAUCUUGGUCUCGAAUUCGAAUCUCUCCGAUUUGGAAUACUCUGAACGUGAAAUUGUCGCUUGAUUCGUACAAACGAGAAAUUCCUUUCCACGAUGUUAAUCGACGAAACGAUUCCUAUUCCUCGAUGGACUAAUUGUCCGUUCACAAAUAACAAUUUUCGUCGAGAAUUACGAUAUUCGUUUAUAAAAGAUAGACACGUUGUAACGGAGCUCGAGUGAUCGAGGGCGCUGAAAUUGAUAGACUGAUCCUUUGAAUUCUGAUGCAAUCUCUUGGACAGCUUUUCACAGAAAGCUAUCAGGUUCCUUAUGUGAUAUUUCCAAUAUUAUUUCUCGACUAGAAAUUAACUACAACUAUCGAAGAUAUGUUUUACUGCUCUACGUAGAGAACUAAACUCAUUUACAUACAUAUAUAAACAAUAUAUGUAUACGUAUAAUAUGUACACGUAUGUAUACAUAUUAUUUUUUGCAUUUUUCAUUUCAAACGAUGAACGAUAGAUUCGUUUAAAGUUUAAAGUUCCUCGAAUUUCUACCGCAUUCUCGAUCACAGAAUCUGAUUUCUCGAUCGGUCGGAAAAAUCCUUUUUUGCUAAACGUAAUCACGAAGGCAAACGAGAGAGAAUUAUAAUACGAAAAAGAGGGAGGGAGGGAGAGAGAGAGAGAGAGACUCACACACACACAGAGACACACAUAAACACAGAGUACUCCGAAGCAGAGAGUAAAAAGAAAAAAAGAAACGCGAUAGGGAAAUGGUACGCACAUUGAGCCGAGUGAGUGAUAAUCCAUGUUGAACAGAAAAAAAAAAGUUCUAGUUAAGUGGAGAUUUAUCGUAAUAAAUAUAUACAUAUAUAUAAAUAAAUAUAUAGGUAAGUCGUUGCGUGACUCAACGUGGAGCGUAAGUGAGGAGGAAUGCGAGUGGUCACGAGUGAAUGAACUUGAGCGUGAAAGGGAGACAUAAAAAGAAACUGAUGAGGAAGAAAGAAACGACGAAACAUGAGGAACAAAAUGGUCGAGGAAAAGACACGCGAUGGAUAACGAGGGUGGGGCGGGUGGGGGUUGGGGCAAGGUAUGACACAAAGAGUCGUGUGAAAUAGCCAAAUAUAACAAAAAUGUUCUUUUCUUUCUCUUUUUUUUUUUGUUUUUUCUUCUACUUCUUCUAUUGUCUUUUGUUCUUUUUUUUUCUACGUAGAUAAAAAACGCGACAGCAGUAGUUCAACCAACUGACGUGGUUAAACGCGAUGUAGUUGGUUUACUGUCGUCGAGUAGAUUUUUAAAGCUCUAAUCUAUCGUUAGGAUAAUUCUCUAGGCUAGGAAGAGAGGCAAAAUGGCCGGUAGUUGGUUCUCGGACCGAAAUUGGCCGCUAAAUAAGAAGAUACAUAUUCUUAUUCUUAUUUUUUCUUUUUUCUUUUUUUUUUAUUUUUGCGUGUGCGAACGCCAGUACAUGUAAAUAACGUAAUUAGGGAUCGACUGUGAUCGAUUUCGUCGAGCACAAAAGAAAGGAUUAAUUGAACGGGACGUCCCCGUUGUAGGAGCUAAACCGAACAAUUCAGAGAACAUACUCAUUGAUUCUUGUAACGUUAAAUUAACGAGCGUAGAUUUUAAAGGAGAGUCUGUAGAAACGAGGCGAAACGAGAAAUAAGCGAUGGUAAAGGAAACACAAGAUAUAUGCUAGUGAUGCAGAAGAAUGAUAAUAUUCGAAGAAGCGAGAAUGAAAGGAUAGUUCUCGGGAAUUCUCUGUUUGAGCGCAAGAGACGUUCCCAGGAUCGAAAAGAGAGACUCUUUACUCUUCGAACCUUGGUCGCUUAUUCGCGACUUCGUUCCUCUUGGAACGAACACAUUUUUCAUAUACGUAAGGCUCUCGAGAUACUGUGUGCUCGAAAAUGAUAUAUUGAUAUUAGAAAGGAAUACGCUCUUGAUCGUGUUCGUUCGCUGAGGAACACGCGCCAAAAGCGGAGCAAUUAAGCAAGAAAGAUCUAUCCCUGUAUAUUGUACACUGUAAUUACAAUUUAUACUUACUCGUAAUCGAUACCUUUAUCGGUAGGCUAUUACAACUAGUGGCUAGCGUAAGUCAAGCUCAAAUCUAGGCGAGACCCACCGUCUUCGCGUCUUUAUUCUUCGUCACGAGUGCACAACUCCCAUCCCCCGAUAUUCCUCCUCUUGUUCCGGACUUUUAUCGUUUUCUCGAGCGUGUUCUCCGAUUGCGUACGCAGGCCUACCGUACACGAUUCCCGUUAUAUUCACGAUUCACGUCGUUGAGCUUACAGUUUUCGUUAAUUUCAUUUCUCUUUCCGCCGUGAUUCUUUUCUUCCGUUGCUUAUUAGCUUUGUUCGUAAAACGUCAUUGAUACAAAUAUUCCUGGGCAUCCGGCGAAAUUAACAAUGCGUCCAGGCGAUCGACGGAUCGUGCUCUAUAAAUAUAAUUCAAUUGUAAAGCCGAUUAAUUUAGAUUCGAUUUAGUUGUAGUAGUUUGUUUCUUCGACUCCGGCGUCCCUUGGGGUGUUUCGUGAAACUAAUCAUUGGAACGAGUUCAGUGCAUAGAAACGAUAGACAGAUCCGCGAUCGAUAAUACGUUUUAGUGAAAGAUACUCGAGAUAUGACUAUUUUAGAUUCGAACACGACUUUCUUGAGGAAAGGUUGACUGUAAAUAAUCACGUGAGCACCGAGAUAACCCAGUUCUAUCGAUUCUAUGUACUGAACUCGAUCUUCGUAUAUUCGCCACAUUUUGCGGAACACCUUAAAUAUUUAUCUAUAGGAAAAUUUAUCUAUAUAAAGAAUAAUGAAUCAAUCGCUGUACAAAGGGAAAUUUAAUGAAAUUAGAGGUAGCCAGAAACACGAAUAGAUUAGAAUAGUAUCUGUUUCUGAGUCUCUUAGAAGAAUCGAGCAUUUGUCUCGACGAUAGAACCACAGAUACUAGUCUUCUUCAUACUUCUAGAAAUUAACUUAUAAUAUUCGCCAAACAAAAAAAAAAAAAAUCGUGCUUCGGCGUAGAAUCCUCUCUUCGUGAAUUGUACAAAAUAAAAAAGGAUCUGCUAAUAAUUGUAAUUUUAACACGCACGAUUCGUUCGUCGAACGCUUUGGACGAAUCUAUGAAAUUCAAAUCUAUGAUAAUAUUGUAAGUGAGAGAGAGAGAGAGAGAGAGAGAGAGAGAAAGAGAGAGAGAGAGAGAGAGAGAGAGGAAGACAAGCCAAAUAUGCGAGGUAGAACGUCAAAAUUUCAAAUUGGAAAGAGCACAGUCGACUAAUUCGCCCCAUUUGUGCCCACGUGUCAUUUUUACGUUCUCCUUUUUCGUUGAUCCGCGUACGUUCUCGAGUGCUAGCGGGUAAAUCGCAUUGUAAAAUAAUCCAAUACGAUCGAUACGCACCGUAACGUUAUACAUAUAUAAAUAUAUGAUUCUACUCUAAUUAUUAUUAAAGGCAGUAUCGUAAACGGGAUUUUUAAAGUGAAUCUAGAUGACUACAUGACUUACGUAAACGACACAUCUUUACGAGCAACAUAUCCUAGCGUACUAGGCGGCGUCGUGGCCAAGUUCAGCUCGAAAUCCUCGUAGAUCCUUCGCUGACGAGAUAUUUGCGAUUCGUCUACGCGACAACGCACAUUUCCGCUCUCUUAUUCCGGAAACUCUCUGGUGUCGUCCUUCCGCGAUAUGCCUGGGGACACAUGAAAAACGCGUGGUGCCGAAUACACCUUCGAGGCCAGCACCUUCGAGGAUUUCGAGCACAACCCAUGGCCAUCUUCUUUUUUCGAAUUAUCGCGAAGCAAAGACAGAAAGAGAAUGACAAGUGAGAAAAAGAAGAUAACGAGAAAAUUAACAAGUAAGGGAUGUUCCAUGACAUUAGGGCGUUAUUACGGUAAUAAGUCUAACUUCUUAGAGUCGUGAAUGAGUGAAUGAUAUUAUGAAGAGACGAUAUGUGUCCGUGUAUCGUGUGCUGAAUGAGCGUGAUGAUGCUUUUGAACCUCGUCGAAUCGCCGCCACGAGAACGGACGAUUGAGAGCUCUCGGACGUAUUUGUUUCUAGAGACAAAAUGAGAAUAACUUGAGCGUGACUUGAGCGAUGAAAAUGCGUGCGAUUCGAUGAUAUACAAAAUGGAGGGACGAUAGAGAUAACGUUUCGACAAACGGGGAUACGAGAUAAAAACAGAAAACGUGGAUAAAAAGAAGAAAGAAAGAAUGAAAUUUAAUACAAACUAGAGAACAUCGUAAAAAGAGCUAAAUGCCACCUGUUUUUUCGCUUUUCUCGCAGUGUAAACGGAUUCGCAACGGGAGACGCGUGCGAAUCGUCAUUUGGUUUCCGGCUGCGAAUCCAACUCCGGAGGAAAUAAAAAGAAUAACGCUAAAGCGAGCGUAAACGACUUUUUGCGCCAAGAAAAAUGCAGAAGAGUUGAGCGUUAGCAUAUUCACGCAUCCGCGGAACACACAUUUACACGCGAUGGAAAUUCGACGACGAGGAAGUAAUCUAUGAAUCUGCAGGAAAAGAAAGCAAAAAAGCAAAAAAAAAAAAAAUAAAUUAAUUAAAUAAAUAAGAAUUAAUUAUAACGAAACGUCAGGUACAUGAAGUAACAAAAAAAAAAUAUAUACAAAAAAAAAACAUGUCGAGAGAACAUGGAUACGGUCAACUCGAAAACUUUAGUUGCAAAAUACUGAUAGGAGUACACGGGGUGUGUUACGGAACACCUUUAUCAUUGUCUGAUUUGAUGAUAUUUUGUAAGUCUGGACCAGUUGUUAGGUUCUUAUUACUCCCAUAGCGACUUCUUAUGGCGUAUUUUCUCUGUAUAUUGUCAAUGUUUAUUAUUAAAUAUUUUUCAAAUAAAA